AUGGGAUCGAACGCAGCUGCAAACGACGAUGACUGGGAGAAGGCUGAGGGCGUCCCAAGCCUAAGCGACCCAUUCAUUCAAAAGUACCUCCAGGGAAGGGAUUCAUUGGUCGAGCAAGAGAAGAAGCAGCGAAGUGACCACCUCUUCCGCCAAAAUCUUUCGCCUAUGGCCCAGGAAGCAUGUGCCAUAGUUUCUCAGAUAAGAUUCGAGGAACAGCAGACCCUAUGGACAAAAGAGUACGAGGACAGCUUGUUAACCAAACAUGUUGAUGUGUUUCCUGGGAUGAUGUUCUCGCUAGCCAAGGAACGCAUGGAGAAGAGCAAAUUGUGGCAGAUUGUGAGGAAGAUGCCCAAGGGAGCACUGUUGCAUUGUCAUUUGGAGGCUAUGGUUGAUCUGGAUUGGGCACUCGAGGAGGCCUUUAAGACUGAAGGUGUCUGUAUCAGAGCCGAUGGGCCACUCACAACAGAGGAUGCACAACGCAAAACGCGCUUCUCCUUCACUUACUCUUCAUCAACGAAAUCCGACCUGUCGACCUGGAACGAGCAGUACACGCCCAAUGACCCAGUCCCUAUCGUAACCGCUGCAGACAGUUUUCCCUCCGGCGGCCGGAAAGGUUUCGUCGAAUGGAUACGAUCACGCGUCACCAUCACUCCUUCCGAGCACCUCUCUCACCACGAAGGCCCCAAUGAAGUAUGGCGCAAAUUCAUGUCCUGCUUCCCCAUCCUCGGAUCUCUCAUCUACUAUGAGCCCAUAUAUAGAAAGUUCAUCCGUAGAAUGUGCAAGCAGCUCCUCAACGACGGCGUGUAUUACGUCGACAUGCGGUCCGCGUUCUACACACCCUACCGCAGUACAGGGCAAUCAGACUGGGACGAGGAUUUCUUCAACCUACUCGAGCAUACAGAAGACGAGAUCGAGGAUUUCAAAGCUAGUGAGGAAGGAAAAGGGUUCUGGGGCGCACGCUUCAUUUGGACCACGAUUCGGCAGUUCGACAAGAAACAAGUCAUUGCAAGCAUGAAGCAAUGCAUAUCUUUGAAACUCGACUUCCCCACCCUAAUCGGCGGCUACGACCUCGUCGGGCAAGAAGACCUGGGCCGCCCACUCGCCGACCUCGCCCCCGAACUCUUCUGGUUCCGCAAGUCAUGCGCAGAAAACGGCGUAGAAAUCCCCUUCUUCUUCCACGCAGGCGAGACGCUCGGCGACGGCGAUACAGUAGACGAGAACCUCUUCGACGCCAUCCUACUAGGCACGCGCCGCAUCGGCCACGGCUUCAGCCUGUACAAGCACCCACUGCUGAUCGACAUGGUCAAGGAGAAGAAGAUCCUCGUCGAGAGCUGUCCCGUGAGCAACGAGGUGCUGCGCCUGUGCGGCAGCGUCAUGGCGCAUCCGUUGCCUGCGCUACUGGCGCGCGGCGUGCCUUGCUCGCUGUGUAAUGACGAUCCGACGAUUCUGGGCCAGGGUGUCGAGGGCAUGUCGCAUGACUUCUGGCAGGCGCUGCAGGGGUGGGAGAACCUUGGUCUCGAAGGUUUGGGCAGUUUGGCCGAGAACAGCGUGCGUUGGGCGAGCUUCGAGGAUGCGAGCCAGAAGGUUUGGGUACAGGACGUUAAGGAUGGGCUGCUGGGAAAGGGCGUCAGGGCACAGAAGCUGAAGGAGUGGACGAUGCGGUGGGAGAAGUUCUGCGCGUGGAUUGUGGAGGAGUUUGGCGUGGAUGAGAACCUCGAGCCUGAGGAGUGA